AGUUGUGCAAUACUAUUAUAAAAGAACAUAAUCUCGUGGUGCUUCUUUAUAUCUAUUACUCAUGAAAACUGGCAAAACAUGUCAAACACUUUGAGUAUAAUUACAUUCGUUUUCUUUAUUUACGAGAUAAAUGGAAUUUUAGGUAGAGAAAAUUGUAAUGAAAAUGAAGUGUAUUUGGUUGACAAAUGCGAACCAACUUGCGAUAAUAUUUUCGAAUUACCAUGUUCUAACGGCAAUAAAUUUACUGGAUGUUUUUGUAAAGAAGAUUUUAUAAGAAGCGGUACACAAUGUAUAUCAGUAGAGGAGUGUAGUGCCCGAAUCUGUACGAGAUCCAACACUGAAUUGAAUUUUGAAGGUCGAUUAACUCGAUGUAACGAUGAUGGAACUACGCGUACUUUUACAUACCCUCUUGGAUAUUUUCCUAUGUGUUCAUGUAAAAUAGGAUAUGCAUCUAAGAAUAAGAUUUGUAUUCCCGAAUCUGAUUGUGGGAAUGUUGUAUAGAAACUAUAAAAGAAGAAAGUGAAAGUUUUGCAUAUUAAAAAUAGCUUUAACAUUUAAAAAAAAAA